CGAUACGAGAAAUAAAACGAACGUACCCAUCUCCCCCGCAAAACUUUCCUUUUCUUUUCACUGAGAAACAAAAAGAGAGAAACAGAAGCGACGAUAAAUCCAUCCAAACCCUCAUUUCGUUCAUUCUUGCAUUUUUCUGCGAAAGCGCUGCUGAGCGAUUUUUUGCCGUAAAGCUUAAGGCAAAUCGUGACGUUACGUUAGGCUCUGCCGAAUGAGAAGUUGUGGUUCUCGAAUCCAUCGCGUGGGAUAAGGGUAGUGAGGCCUGAAUCUGAAGCUUCGCGGACGUUGGCUAUGCUCCGCAAAUUGUUCUUCCGCAAGCCUCCAGAUGGCCUCCUCGAGAUCUGCGAGAGAGUUCACGUUUUUGAUUGCUGCUUCACCACGGAUGCAUGGAAAGAAGGGAAUUACAAUUACAAAGAAUACAUGGACGGGAUAGUUGGUCAACUUAAGGAGAACUCGCCUGAUGCUUCGAUUCUUAUUUUCAAUUUUCGCGAGGAAGGUACCGAGAGUCAGAUGGCAAGUAUAAUGUCUGAGCAUGACAUUACUAUCAUGGACUAUCCUUUGCACUACCAAGGUGUUCCCGUGCUAAAAAUGGAGCUCAUCCACCACUUUCUGAGGUCUAGUGAAAGCUGGCUCUCGCUUGGGCAAAAUAAUGUGUUGCUGAUGCAUUGUGAACCUGGUGGUUGGCCUGUUUUGGCUUUCAUUUUGGCUGCAUUGUUGAUUUAUAGAAAGGCUUAUACUGGGGAGCAGAGGACUCUCGAUAUGGUUUACAGGCAGGCUCCUCACGAGCUUUUGCAUUUGUUGUCACCGUUGAAUCCUAUCCCUUCCCAACUGAGGUAUCUGCUGUAUGUUUCCAGGAGGAAUGUGGCCUUAGAUUGGCCUCCUCUGGACAGGGCACUUAUGUUGGACUGCAUCAUUCUCAGACUCUUCCCAAACUUUGACAGUGAAGGUGGUUGCCAUCCCGUGUUUAGAAUUUAUGGACAAGAUCCCUUUAAUGCUGAUAAAGUUCACAAAAUGUUGUACUCAACGCCGAAAAGAGGCAAAAAUGUUGGGGCCUUUAAGCAGGGAGAGUGUGAACUUAUUAAAAUUGAUAUCAAUUGCCAUAUUCAAGGUGACGUUGUCAUUGAGACUAUUAACUUUAAUGGUGACAUGGAGCGUGAAAGGAUGAUGUUUCGAAUCAUGUUUAACACAGCCUUUGUUAGAUCUAAUAUUUUGAUGCUUAAUCGGGAUGAAAUUGACAUUUUAUGGGAUGCUAAAGAUCACUUUCCAAACGAUUUUAGAGUUGAGAUCCUUUUCUCAGAGAUGGAUGCUGCAAUAGUUGUUGCCGAUAGGACCUCAUGCUUUGAGGAGAAGGAUGGACUACCAAUGGAAGCAUUUGCCAAGGUUCAAGAGAUCUUUAGCCAUGUAGACUGGAUGAACCCCAAGGCAGAUGUUGCCUUAAAUGCUCUCCAACUUAUAAGUGAUUCAACUAUGAAUGAUAGCUUAGAUGAAAAAGAUCCUAGAACGCCCCAAGGGAAUUUGAAUGAAGAGGUACGGUCUUCAUUCUCAACCAAGACACCCCCAGUUACUGAUAUGAGUAGAAAAGAGGACAAUACCAACAAGUUCGAGGGUAUUCCGCAGCAACCUAGUACACCUAACAAUAUUUGUCAAGAGUCAACCAGAUCUUCUAAAAGGACCUCGGAAUCCAAUAAAUGUCCAACAAGACCUACAAAUCUUGACAUAAAACAGCAAGCACCUCAUCCUGCCGUAUCUUCUACCGAUACUUCUUUUUCCCCUCGAACACCUCCUUUGAGGCCUCAAUCCACUAGUGCUAAAGAAGCUCAUGAUUCUCCUCGCCAAACAGAAUCGCCCCCUUCUUCUUAUGUUGUGCCUUUGCAAUCAAAACACCAAUCACAAGACAGAAGUCAUUCAUCUAUUUCUAUCCCUACACCUGACACCCAAUUGUCACCUACUUUUCAUAGCAAGUCACUGGCUGACACCAUUUCCUGUCCUUCAGCUUCAACAAUUACUUCAACCCAAUCAUCUCCUUCACUUUCUUCCAAAAAUGUGGAUGAGAUUCCUCCUAUUAAAACAAGAAUAGAGUCUUCCCCUUCACGACCUCCAACUCCGCCUCCUCCACCCACUCCUCCACUAAAUGAUCAUAGACGAGUUCGAGCUACACCACCUCCUCCACCACCACCUCCUCCUAUUCCUCCAAAGAAAGAACUACAUGUUAAAGCUGGACCCCAUCCUUCUCCUCUAUCACAUAUGAAUGUGGAGCCACAGGUUAGAGAUGAACCCUCUCCUCCCCUUUCUCUAAAAGAGGAGCAACCUACUAGGUUUAAACCUCCUUGUUUCUCUGGGCAAGUUGCAGGUUUUACUAUAGUACCACCUCCACCUCCACCUCCACUUUCAAGUGAAGUACUUUACUCAAAUUGCACUAAUUCAUCAUUGCAAAAAUCUAUAGCUCCUUCCCCUCCUCCUGGGGCACCUGCCCCUCCCCCUCCUCCCGGGGAACCUGCCCCUCCCCCUCCUCCCGGGGCACCUGUCCCUCCCCCUCCUCCCGGGGCACCUGCCCCUCCCCCUCCUCCUGGGGCACCUUCCCCUUCCUCUCCUCCUGGGGCACCUGCUCCUCCCCCUCCUCCUGGGGCGCCUGCUCCUCCCCCUCCUCCUGGUGCACCUGCUCCUCCACCUCCACCUGGAGCACCUGCUGCUCCACCUCCUCCAAUGCCCUUUGGUAAAGGAGGUCUGAAAUCAGGCAGUCCUUUUCCAGGAUCUCAUUCUGUGAACGCUCGAUCUAGUUCACCAACUAACUUGAAGGGAGUUUUAUCGCGAACAAUUAACUCAAAGAAUAACACAAAAAGGUUGAAGCCUUUGCAUUGGUUGAAACUAUCUAGAGCAGUGCAAGGAAGUUUGUGGGCAGAGACACCGAAGUCUGGUGAAGCUUCCAAGGCCCCAGAGAUUGAUAUGUCAGAGCUUGAGAAUCUCUUCUCAGCAGCAGUCCCAACUUCAGGUAUUGCCAAAAAGUCAAAUGUCCAAAGCUCAGCUGGGCCUAAAUCUGAAAAAGUGCAACUGAUUGAGCAUAGGCGAGCAUAUAACUGUGAAAUCAUGCUUUCCCAAGUGAAAGUUCCGUUGCACGAUUUAAUGACCUCAGUACUAGCACUGGAAGAUUCAGCACUGGACUCUGAUCAGGUUGAGAACCUCAUAAAGUUCUGUCCAACAAAAGAGGAAAUGGAAUUACUCAAGGGUUAUAACGGGGAAAGGGAGAAGUUAGGAAGAUGUGAACAGUUCUUAAUGGAAUUGAUGAAAGUACCACGAGUGGAAUCCAAGCUCAGAGUUUUUUCAUUCAAGAUUCAAUUUCGCUCUCAGGUUUCUGACCUAAGAAAGAGCCUGGUUAUUGUGAAUGCUGCUUCAGAAGAGAUCAGGAAUUCAGUCAAACUAAAGAGAAUUAUGCAUACAAUACUUUCUUUAGGAAAUGCUUUGAACCAAGGAACUGCCAGGGGUAAUUGAGUAGGUUCUUGAAGUACAGUCUGAAAUUGUUGUAAUAAGAUAUCCAGUUGAAACUGUUGUGUUUGUAUAGCAAGCAGCAUUGGUUGACCGUGUGUUGUCUUCAAAUUUCCUGAAACUAGUAAAUUGUCAUUGUGAUGUUGAGCCCCUUGUGAUGUAACUGUCUCCCUGAUGCUGAAAAGUCAUAGUUAAUUUAGCACAACUCCAAGAAAUUUCACCUAGUGCCUUAAAUCAUAUCAUGCCAAGAAUUACUUCGAGAUAUCUACUUGGCAUGGCAAGACGAGAAAAGCAGCCUUGAACACAUGAUUGUUGAACUUCCAUGUCACUUGAGGACACUUUCUUGUAUCCUAAGUUGUUUAUCAAAUGCUACUUUAACUGGAAAAUCUGUUAUGAAAGUUGUUUUUGAUCGUAACAGUUGCAUUCUUCACUGAUCAAACUGUGUGUACUUGCUGUAUCCAUCAAAAUACAACCUUUUGUUUCUUGAUUAAUCCUAUCAAUUGUAAAGUGUUUCUACCCAUACACCUUGUAAAGCAUGUAAAGAAAUGUGAACUUGGGAAUCAUUGACCAAUUUCAGACUUUGUUCCACCAUAUCUUUGUCUUGUCUUUUUCUGAAUUUGAGUUUACAGCUUCAUCACUUCCCUCUUGUGCAAAGAAAAUGUCAUUUAAUUUUCCCCAAACCUCACUCUUAAAUCUAUGAUUCUUAUCCCAUUUUUGUCACAGAAUCUACAUAAUCCUUUAUAAAUUUGUUCACUAAUCUCUUUCCUUGAAAUUGAACUUUGCCGAUGUAGAUUUGAAAUAGCAAUAGAGGCUGACUGUUUUGAUGCAGCUGUGGGAUCUUACUGCAGUGUAGUUAUAGGUGGAGUUGUGCUAUUUUGACUUGCUCUAGACCAUGAACGUGAAUCGGUAUUGCACCUCAGAGUUGGUCACUUGAUUCUCAUUGAGUUUCUUUGUGAUUUCUUGGAGGACCUCUUGUAAACUUGUUGACCUCACAGCUUCUUGAAUUGUCCUGGGUCUAUGGACACAAACAAAUAUCUCUAACUCUGCACUCAAGCCUGAAAGAAAAAGAAAAUACUUGAAGCUGUCUCCUCAGAAAUCAAUCAUCACCAUCACCCUGAGCCAAAAGGUUAUCAAAAUUCUCCAAAUAUUCAAUUAAAGACCCUUCUUGUUUCAGUCUUGCCAGUUCAGCAAAUGGGUCAACAAAUGCUCCAUCUUCAAACCGAUUUCCAACAUCUUACAAGAUUUGAAUCCAUGUUUUCUGCUUAAAAUCGAGGGUUUGAAUAUAAUGGUGUUGCUAAUUCUUGUGAAUCCACCAUCGUCCUCUCCUUUGUGUCCAUGCAUGUCUCUAGUUCUUUUGUAGUCACCAUCAUUGCAGGCUUAUCCGAUACCAAAUUGUUAAAAACAAUUCAAUAUCUGAUAACAAUACUCACUCUCAGCAAAGAAAGUUUGAAGAGGAUCAAAUGAAUUCAAACUUCUUUGUAUAUCACAACAACAAAAUCAAGAGUGUUAUAUAACUCCUAACAUAACAUUUUUUUUUUCCUCUUGAUAGGAUAUAAUGUGUAUGAGAGGAGGAAACAAAUUAAAAAUUAGUUGUUAGUUGGGUUGUUAGGUUGAGCCUUUCUUUAUAUAGUAGGGGGGUCUUUGUAGGCAGGGCAUGUUUUGGACGUUUUAGAGAAUUGUUGACAGGAUCAUUGGCAUCCUGUGUAAAGGGAACAUUGUCCUUUGGAGGCAUUCUUGUUGUUCUUGGUGCCUAGAAUCAAUAAUACAAGAUCUUUUCAGUGAGUUUAGGUGUUUUGCAAUGGUGUUCUUGGGUUUCUCCCUCUAUCUAGGAACCCAACACCUAUACAUAACAUACUCCCUAUUUUAACUACAACAUUCCAUCUGAAGGAUGGUUUCUAACAUAAGCACCACCCUGAAACAUUAAUUAUGGUAGGGGGAUAGAAUAUUCAUACUCUAAAUAAAAUCAAAAUAAUUAGAGGAUAGUAAAGUUGGUUAUUAUGUAGUCAUUUGAAAAUCUGUAAUGUUUAUAGCAUGAUGAAUGAGUUUGAUAGCAAUCAUUAUCCUUUUCUAGACAUAUGUGCUGAAAACUAAAUAAUUCACAUUUUGCAUAAAUUUUUUACUUUUGCUU